AUGGAAGAGACUGUGUCACCUAUUGCCUUUCAAUGGCCGUUCUGGGACUUCGAACGCAAGACGUUGUUCUACCGCAUGCGAACAUCUUUCGCCGUGUCAGUGAAAGCCAUGGAUUUCACAGUGAGUCGGUUAGCAGCAAACGAUUGGGUCCACAUUUUCCCGGAAGGAAAAGUGAACCUGGACAAGGAAUGGAUACGCUUCAAGUGGGGCGUGGGAAGACUAAUAGCUGAACCCCCGAUUUGUCCCCUGGUUCUCCCCAUGUGGCUAGUCAACUUCGACUCAAUUCUUCCCAAUCUGGAUCCACCGGUGAAUCGUCCUCGCCUGUUCAAAGAUGUUACGAUCGUCGUAGGGAGGCCAAUUGAAUUGAGUUCGUUUAGAGACGAGGUAUUGCAGCAAAAGUUGGGGGCUCGAGGCACCAGGAAGUUGCUUACGGAUAAGGUUGAGGCUGAAAUGAAGAUACUGAAGGGAUUAGCGGUAGAUUUGCACGAGGAUAAGGGAGGAGCUUGUGAACGAUUCAGGAAUUACUUGUAUGGAGACUGAACAAAGGUGGUUUUUUACGAUGUCUGGGAUAUAAAGUGAUAUAUAUUCUUAUUCAGCGAUGGGACGUGAAGUGAACAGUGCAAUCUAUCUUUUACCGUUUCUCGAUAGUUCAGCGAGUUUGGUCAAGACUUCCCUCAAAUCAAUUUUGAUCUUUUAUUCCGUUGCUGCUGGUUUUCAGAGUUAUAAAGAUCUGGGUACUUAGAUAUUAUUAUUACAAAAGUUGUCGCUGCAUGCAAAAGAUAAGGCGGCUUUUUGAAAUGUUGCCACCAUCAUGGGUGUUAAAAAAAAAAGUUCUUGGUUUCUUCGGCAAUUUACUUUCCUUGAAUACCUUUCGAUUGACUCACAUCAGUUCCAAUGCGCUUUUUUAUUCCGUAAAUUUCAUAAUCGGAAAUGAAAGAUUUUCCAGGAAGUUUUACUGGUGAAGAUGAAGUUGUACAGUUUAAGGAAAUUCUCCGUGUAAACAAGAUUCUGAUUUAGAACCAGUUGAUAAAAGUGUGAAUUAACCUAAAGGAUUGAUGGAUUUCUUCUCAAGCCGUUUGAUUUUAUGAAAUUGCAACCCUGAUGACGUAUUGUUGACUACAGUACAGUAAUUGAUAUUUUAGACUGUGUUUAGACAAAGUGUCUCUUUCGUUUGACUUUCGAAAAAUACUGAACAGAGCAAUUUCGCAUUCACAUGAUUGUUAGAUUGAGGGUAUCUCAUUCAAAAAUAGUUCUUGAGUGAGAUCGCGUGAACGUCACCUAUCAUGGGAUUGCAGAUCGUCACUUCAGUUGAAUUUAACUUCUGGACACACUGCACUUGUGUUUUUUUUAGUCCCUGUGUUUUGAAUUUGAAUUGAAAACUUGUGGGAGGAUCUAGGAAAGGAUUCAUUCUUAAACCAGAAAAUUUUGUCCAUUGUUGAUCUGGGGGAAAAACGCGGAAACGUGGAACAAACUCCUAUAUUACCGGGUAUAUUCGGGGUGGGGCGGAAAUUUUUCAGCGGUGGGUCAUAAGAGGUAUGUCCGAAAUUUUGCAUUUUCGAGGGAAAUCUUAUCUAUGGCGACGGAAAUAACCUGACCAAAGUUAUGUUGAGUUUUUUGGAACUGUUGAGGCAGUGGGGUUUUUUGUGGCUCAGUCCUAGUGAUUGUGCGCCUGUGAGGCGAGUCCGGUAUGCAUUUUUGGAUUCAAAAACA